AUGAAUUCAAAUAACAAAAUUCACGAGAUAUCCAUUAAUAUAAAUGAUAUAAAUCAUUAUGGAAGACAAAAGUUAUUGGUAGCAGUAGCUCCCAAUGGUAAAUAUGUCAUCACGAAUAACAGAAAAGAUCAUUCAUUUGAAGGAUGGAUUGUCAGCACGGAAGAUCCUAAAUGGAUUUCACUUAAACGAGACCCUGAAGUGACU